AUGUGCCAUCUACUCCAAGCGAGGAGGGACGGUACACAAACGGGACCACCCACCGCACGUCCUAGAUGUCUUGCGUCAGCAUACACGGCACUCUUGGGCGAAAACCCAACCAUUAUGCAAGCCAUGCUCUUCCGUGGAUCGUACAGGCAGGAAGUGAUAGCCGAAAUGAAAAAGGAUAUGUACACGGGCUACAUAAUAACAUUGAAAGAGGACCACCAGCGGGGUAUUCAAUAUGGGCCCUAG